AUGAGGAGGUUGAAGUCUGAGGUUCUUCGUGAGUUACCCGACAAGAACGUCCAGGAUUACCAGUGUCAACUAAGCGAUGAGCAAAGAACUAUCUACAAAUUCAUUGUCGACAGAUGCACUGCCAAUCGCACCCAGCUGGCUGCACGACGCGGCAUUUCACCUCUUCAUGCCCUCACAGCCUUGCGACAACUUGUUGAUCAUCCGUCGCUUAUUGAGGAUGUCCUGACGAAGUUAGCUGCGCCGGAAGAGAUUAUGAAGCUGCUCCAAUUUGCAACAUCUGGAAAAUUAGCUGCUCUAGGACAAUUGCUGAAUGAAUGCGGUAUAGGCGUGACGAUAGAGAAGGAAGAUCCUGAAGAUGAAGAUCCGCUAUCGUCAAUACCAGUAGAAUUGCCACAUCGGGCUUUGAUAUUCUGUCAGUGGAAGUCGUCUGUGCAGCUGGUUUCAGCAGCAUUGGCUAGAGGCGAUUUUGGAGCACCGAUCUCACAUUUGGUCCUCGAUGGUUCUGUUGCUCCUUCGGAUCGACAAUCUGUUGUUGAUCGCUUCAAUUCUGAUCAUCUGAUUGAUGUGCUCGUAUUGACUACUCAUAUUGGUGGCGUCGGACUGAACCUAACGGGUGCUGAUGUUGUGAUAUUCCUUGAUCAUGACUGGAAUCCAAUGAAAGAUUUGCAGGCCAUUGAUAGGGCUCAUCGUAUCGGACAAACGCGAAAAGUCAAUGUUUACCGAUUAAUUACGCAAGGUACGGUUGAGGAUAAGGCCCUGAUUGGUGCUGACAAUCGAUCUUUGCAAACGAUGGCCACUGAUGAGUUGAUGAGUAUGUUUAUACUGGAUGGUGAACAACCCACGAAAGAGAACGGAGCGCCAGAAGCCAAGAGAAAACGCAAAAGUGCGGCAGCAUCGGAUGCGUCUUCAGUGGAGGAUCGAUGGAAUUUGGCCGAGCUUUGGGACGAAAGUCAAUAUGAGCAGCAAUUCGAUGUGUCGCAGUUUAUCAAGGACGCUGUAUAG